AGACCAGGCAUUAGUUGCCUAGAUCUGAAUUCUCUGAGAUAUACCUAAAUUUUCCUUCAUAUAUGAAAGACCUAAUACCAAAAUUUCGCGAAAACUCUCAAAUCAUCCUUGAAUUUAUAAACGAUCCUUACACUCAUAUAGUAAUCUGUUUUUCGACGAAAAACAUUUCUUAUAUGUAGUACUAAAUAAAUAAAUCUUAGCCAUAAAUCAAUUCGAAUUAAAUAACUUUAAAUAUAGUUCAAUUUUAAACGCGGCAGAUUAAAAGACUUAAAAUAAGAAAUAGAGGUUACCGAUAUGUCAAAGAUAACUCUGGACGGCUUUUUUUCCUACUGCAAGCAAAUAGCUGAACACAUCCAGUUGGGCGACAGAAUGGCAUCUCUAUCAGGACAGGGGACCCCUAAGCUGACUUCUGGAGUCGGCAACCUCUACUACGACUCCAUCCUGCCGUACCGCGAGGAGGCUGCUCCUCAGACGCGGGAGUUCCUCGCCAGGGUCGUGGACGUGCUUCUGGACUUCGUGCAGAAGGUCAACGAUAGGAAUGAAAAGAUCCUGGAGUUCAAGAUGCCAGAAGAGAUGGUGAAACAACUGGACCUGGCUCUGCCUGAAGACCCGCUGCCUUUGAAGCAGCUCCUCGAAGACUGCAAGAUCACCCUCAAGCAUCAGGUGAAAACUGGACACCCCCAUUUCUUCAACCAGCUGUCCUGCGGGCUGGACAUCAUCUCGCUGGCUGGUGAAUGGCUCACCGCUGCCGCCAACACCAAUAUGUUCACAUACGAGAUCGCCCCGGUGUUUAUCCUCAUGGAGAACGUGGUGCUUAUGAAGAUGAGGGAGAUGAUUGGGUGGAAGACUGGAGAUUCGAUCUUGGCACCAGGUGGCUCGGUAUCCAACCUGUACGCAUUCCUGGCAGCUCGCCACCACAAGUUCCCGCAGUACAAGGAGAAGGGUCUUACUAGCAUCCCUGGACACCUUGUCAUGUUUACUUCUGAUCAGUGUCACUAUUCAGUGAAGUCCUGUGCGUCUGUGUGCGGCCUGGGCACGGACUACUGCGUGUGCGUGCCAUCGGAUGAGCGCGGCAGGAUGCUACCCAACGAGCUCGAGAGACUCGUGCGGUAUCACCGUGAUCGAGGACAUGUUCCGUUCUUCGUGAACGCCACAUCGGGCACGACGGUGCUGGGCGCGUUCGACCCCCUGACGGAAAUAGCUGACAUCUGCCAGAAGUAUGACAUGUGGAUGCACGUGGAUGCUGCAUGGGGCGGUGGUUUGCUUUUCUCCAAGAAGUACCGCCACCCGCGUCUCACCGGAAUCGAAAGAGCUGACUCCGUCACAUGGAACCCUCACAAGCUGAUGGGAACCCUUCUCCAAUGCUCCACGGUGCAUUUCAAAUACGAGGGUAUCCUCCUAAGCUGCAACGCCAUGUCCGCGGAAUACCUGUUCAUGACGGACAAGAUCUACGACCCUCGCUACGACACCGGCGACAAGGUUAUCCAGUGUGGGCGGCACAACGAUAUCUUCAAGCUGUGGCUGCAGUGGAGGGGCAAGGGUACCUCGGGCUUCGAGCGACUCAUGGACCGGCUGAUGGAGCUGUCGGAGUACAUGGUGCGGCGCAUCCGCGAGCAGAGUGACAAGUUCCAUCUCAUCCUGGAGCCGGAGAUGGUGAACGUCAGCUUCUGGUACCUGCCCAAGCAGUUGCGCGGGCUGUCGCACGACAAGAACAAGGAGAUUAAGUUGGGCAAGGUGUGCGCUAAGCUGAAGGGCCGCAUGAUGCAGGCCGGCACCAUCAUGGUGGGCUACCAGCCCGACGACCGCCGCCCCAACUUCUUCCGCAACAUCAUCUCUUCCGCCGCCGUAACUGAGCGCGAUGUGGACUUCCUGCUUGCAGAGAUGGACCGCCUCGGACACGACAUCGUCGUCGAUUAAGGCAUUUAUCAUGCAUAAACAUUUAUUUAACUUUUAGCUUUGAAAUUCUCAGUUCAAUGAAGCGUUGAAACGUUGAAACUUACAGUUUGUUAAAGUUUUUCUCCAGGUGAGGAUAACCUAUUAAGGUUUAUCACGAUAAUGGCGCUAAUUUUUUUGCACAUUACCUACACAAAUGCGUCAUAUCCAGAUUGACACGCGUAAAAAUAUUGCUGUCAGUUUUUGAAAAGCACAACAGAAUUGACACCACUGGUAUCCACUAAAAUAUUUAAAACACAGUAAAAGUUAAUAAUUCAUGCUUUAUACGACAAAUAUCCUUGAUCAAGACUUUAUCAAGCAGUAAGUUAACAUUAAAGCUUUAUUUAUUCAUCGUGAUUCGCUCAAACAUUGUUGCUACUUUAUAAGAAGUAUAUCUAUGUAAAAUUAGUUAAAUUAUUUAUAGUUUAGAGACUUUGAGAGUUAAACUUGUGACCUACCAUGUAUCUAUAGGUGUGUAUUCUGUUCUUUAAAUAGCAGCUUCUGUUAUCGAAUCCACAGUAAUUGGUUUAGACUCAGGCUUAAUAACCUAACCUACAAACAGCCAACCUAUUUAAUUCUGGUGCGAUUCUGGAUAGAAACUAAUAUACUUCUAUUCCCAACUCAGAUGGCAGCGUCGACUACCAUCAGGUGAGGUCACAGUUGUAUAAAAUUAUUAAAUAGUAAAGGAAUUAGAGGGUUUUUUUACGAUAAGAAUCAUUGCUUAUAAUUAGUUAUUGAACAUCGAUAAGUCUUCCAAUAGAUGUCUAGAUGUUAAUUUAAGAAUUACUUAAUCUAAUGUUAACAUAAACUCAGUACGAGUGUAUAUUUUCGUCUAAACUAUAUUCGUGUGUGACUUCAGGAGUGCCAAGUUUAUAUGUGUGUAUUGUAAACUAAUUGUAAUACGUAGUUACUAUUAGAUUUUACUAAGGAACUUAAUUGUUUUGAUCUGGUCCAGAAAGUAUUUAACA